AGCUUCACUAGCAUCAUGUUGUCCUCAGUGGAGGAGCAGGAUGAAGGAGCGCAGAGGAGCGUCUCCUCAGCACCACUCGACUGGGCAGGAUGGAGCUCCUGGAGCCGACCUUAGUGCACCCUCCCCAGGAGAGGCCUUCUCACCUGACCCAUCACUGAUGUGAGGCCAGACGUCUGGGCGGCCUGAUGGCGCAUCAGCGGCUCAAACGCUCCGAGUGGGAGUCCCCUCCCAAGUGCAUGAUCAUGCCUUCAAAGGUGUCGUGCUUGUACCUGCUGACGGUGGUGUGCUGGGCCAGCGCGCUCUGGUACCUGAGCAUCACGCGGCCCACCUCCAGCUACGUGGGCAGCAUCUCCGUGCCUAUACGCAAGACGGUGAAGCCCCCCAAAAACAUCACCUUCAACAACAUCCGCACCCGACCUCUCAACCCGCACGCUUUCGAAUUCGUCAUCAACGAACCCAAGAAAUGUGAGAGCGUCACCCCCUUCCUGGUCAUCCUCAUCAGCACCAUGCACAAGGAGUUUGACGCCCGGCAGGCCAUCCGGGAGACCUGGGGGGACGAGAGCGGCUUCACCGACGUCCAGAUCCUCACCCUCUUCCUGCUGGGGAUGAACACCGACCCCGUUCUCAACCAGAUGGUGGAGCAGGAGAGCCAGAUCUUCCACGACAUCAUCGUGGAGGACUUUGUGGACUCCUACCACAAUCUCACCCUCAAGACCUUGAUGGGGAUGCGCUGGGUGGCCACCCACUGCCCCAAGGCGCAGUACGUGCUGAAGACGGACAGCGACAUUUUUGUCAACAUGGACAACCUGAUAUACAAGUUGCUGAAGCCCACCACCAAACCCAAGAGGAGAUACUUCACAGGCUACGUGAUCAACGGGGGGCCCAUCAGAGACAUGCGGAGCAAGUGGUACAUGCCCCGAGACGCGUACCCCGACAGCAAGUACCCGCCCUUCUGCUCGGGCACCGGCUACGUGUUCUCGGCGGACAUAGCGGAGCUGAUUUUCAAAACCUCGCUCCACACGCGACUGUUGCACCUGGAGGACGUGUACGUGGGACUUUGCCUGAGGAAGCUGGGCAUCCACCCGUACCAGAACAGCGGCUUCAACCACUGGAAGAUGGCCUACAGUCUGUGCCGCUACAGACGGGUCAUCACCGUGCAUCAGAUCUCUCCGGAGGAGAUGCACCGGGUCUGGAACGACAUGUCCAGCAGGAAGCACCUGAAAUGUUAGCGCGACUGGCCGACAACAUUGACUUGCCUUUUCUGACUUGAUUUUAAAGUGUCAAAGAAUGAAAACAGAACGCUUGACUCGAGGGCUCCACUUUAUCAUUUGAUGCGAAAACGUCUCAAGAUUGUUGAAGAGUUGCUUCUUUUUUGUUAAAGCCUCUGAUCUGUCGUUGUUUUUGCGCAUUUGUUUUGCACACUGUUUUCAAGUGAUGAAAUGAGCCUGACUCUUAAGUUCUUUCAUUGAGGUCAAUGAAGUCAUUCUUCGAUCCUUCAUCCAUCAUGGCUUCCCUUCCUGUACUGAAUGUUGAUCCCGACCGGCAUCUUUGUCCAACAGCAGCCCCUUGUUUGGAGUCAUUUAAUGACAUGCUUUUUUUUUUUUUUUUUCUAAACAGGAAGUGGUUGACAAGCAAGGCAGUCUUGCACUAUUUGGAUUUUGACACCAUUUCUUUAUUUUUGACACCAGAACAACAGCAGAAAUAGAAUCAGCUAGUUUUUCAGUUUCACAUUAUCAAAAUCAAAUUCCCUUUUUUCUUUUUUGGGGGGGGCGGGUGACUAUAUGCUGGAAGACAGCAGUCUAUUUUUACUCCUUUUUUUGAGGCAUUAUCAAUUAUACAGACAAUGUAAACUUUGGAAAAUCAAGCGACGCAUUUCAAAAGUCAAAUCAUUUCAGUCAAAGACGGCUGAACUGUUUUACGUUUUUAAUCGCACCCCAGAGAUCAGUUUUCUACAUUUUUUUUCUGGCUCAUAAUAGCUGCAAAAUACACAUGUAUCCGUAUAUUAACACCUACACUUACGCGACCCAACGGAAGCUCAGUCAUCUGUAGGGCACUCGCAGUAGACUUGCUGAAUAAAAUGGUUUGGACUCUGAAAAUAGGUGACUUUUUUUCCGCUGAAUGGGCUUUGUUAGUUUGUAUGUCUCAUAAGUAUGUAAGAGUCUUGUCUACGUCUUAAAUGUAGCUAAACCAGAUGAGACAAAAGAGACUCCACAGAUGCGCUUUUCUAUCCUGCAAUGUCAAGGCGUUUACAGCAGAGUUUGUGGCAGAGAAAACACACGAGUGAUGGACUCUCUGGUGACCUUUGUUUAUUUGUUUGUUACGUCCCUUUAACAGCAGCUGUUCUGGUUACUGAGCUGCUGACUCAGCAGAACUAACAGGGAGAGAAUCCAAAAAUGGAAUGGUGAAAUCAGAAAUGUAAUUUUCCUUCUGCUGUUUUGCCGUUUGCAUCAUCACUUUAUCGCCUUGUUGUUUUGAAGCCAACUUUGUUUCAUAGAAAUGUGUGCCUCUUCUGUCAGCGAAGGACAACCAGCAGCGUCUUGUGGUCACAGAUGGGGCCCGAGUGUCGACAGUGACCUCUUUAAAAUGCUGAGUCAGAAUUUUCUCUUGGACUUGUGGGUUGCUGUUUAUCCAUCACAAGAUGUUUUCUUUUUCUAUGAAAAAAAAAACAAUACUUGAACAAUAAAACUCUUCAAUUGUUGCUGUAUUUUAUUUCUUGGUCAAUUACUACAAGCACCUGUACAGGUCCUG